UCUCCAUCUGGCACUUUAUCUCUGCUGUUCCCUGGUUCUCUCCGCAGUUAUGACCAGCCGAACGAUUUGCCGUUGCGCUGCCUUCGGUAUGCAGACUUGCCACGGCCGUUGGCCUAUAUAGACCUCCGUUGUCUCGCUGCCUUUUCUCCCAUCAUUCUCUCCAUACCCCAGAUACCCAGAAAACCAUCUUUUCUCUCUCACACCAACCACACAUCAUGUCUACCAAUUCCCGAUUCGAUCCCAACUUCACUCCUUAUGUCGUCAAGGCAAUGGGCCCCAACACCCCCGAGCGCGCUCGCGUCAUCCUGGGCUCGUUGAUCACUCACAUCCAUGACUUUGCUCGUGAGGUCGAGCUCACUCCUGCCGAGUGGAUGAUGGGUGUUGAGUUUAUCAACUCGAUCGGAAAGAUCAGCACUCCCAUCCGUAACGAGUGCCACCGUAUCUGCGACGUCAUCGGUCUUGAGUCCCUCGUCGAUGAGAUCGCCAACAAGAUCGUCACCGAGCAGGGUGUCUCCCCCACCUCCAACGUCAUUCUCGGUCCCUUCUGGUCGCCCAACGCUCCCUUCCGUGAACUCGGCGACAGCAUCAUCCAGGACCCCAAGGAGGGCGGCAAGGUGACCUACAUGCACGGUGUGCUCAAGGACAUGGAGACCGGCAAGCCCAUCGUCGGCGCCGUCCUCGACAUCUGGCAGGCCUCCGCCAACGGCCAGUACGACUUCCAAGAUCCCACCCAGACCGACAACAACCUCCGCGGCAAGUUCCGCUCCAACGAGAAGGGCGAGUUCUACUGGUACUGCUACCACCCCACCCCUUACUCCCUCCCCACCGACGGGCCCGCCGGUGUCCUUCUCAACCUCAUGGACCGCUCCCCCAUGCGUCCCGCCCACAUCCACCUCAUGAUCACCCACCCCGACUACGCCACCGUCAUCAACCAGAUCUACCCCUCCGACGACCCCCACCUCGACAUUGACUCUGUCUUCGCCGUCAAGGACGAUCUCGUUGUCGACUUCAAGCCCAAGCACAACGACCCCAAGGCUACCCUCGACCUCGAGUACAACGUCAAAAUGUCCGUCAAGGAGCACCACCCCAACCCCAACUCGGCGCCUCCUGUCUCGUCAUUCGAGCGCUUCAGCAAGCAGCAGAACAAGCUGUAAAGGGUUCGCUUUUCUAGAACGGUGUUUUUUUAGAGAUUUCAUGUAUAUAUAGUUUAGCAUGUUGCAUUUUCACGAAUUUCAAGAUAUCUAACGAUGUUCACUUCUUC